GAUGGAUGGGUGAUGGGACCCAAUCGUCGGCUCCUCUUCUGGGUACCUCCAGCUUCCCGAUACGCAUUUUAUUCUCCUGCAACUGCAAUGGUAAUCCCAAGAGGUCGCGUCGAGCUUGAUUUGAGCUGCAUGGCACAUGGGAUACAAUGGUCGAAUUGCCUAGAUGCGUGA